AAAUUCAAAACAUCUUUUGAAAACCGAAUCGAGUUGUUUUUUGUCGGAAAAUCGCAUGAAAAUCGGUAAUUGAUUUCCAUUCUUGAAUUAUUUUAUAAGUUUUCGAUUAUUAUUUCACUUUUGGUUGUGACGAGCCAUUAUUAUACAAUUCAGAAAUUCAAUCUGUCAUCUCCAUCGGUGAAUCCUAGCAUGUUUCACACUCAAGAAUAGAACUCGAUUUUUAAGGUGAUCAAUAUUUGAGAAGAAAUCACAAUGGCUGAUAUCAGGGAUAUUUUAGAAUUAGAGAGGACUCCGGGAACGGAGGGACUCAAAGAUUCUAUUCUAGGAACUAGCGAUAAACUGAAAUUCAAAAAGAAUAUACCUUUUACUGGACAAAGGCAGUCAAAGAGGCCCGAGGGAAUGGCUCGUGAAUUAUAUGCUCUUUUAUGCAACGAUAGCAAAGAUGCUCCUCCGUUACUACCAACGGAUACUGGUAUUGGUAUCGGAUAUAAACACACGAAAGCAAAGCUAGGUAUGCGGAAAGUUCGUCCUUGGAAAUGGACUCCAUUUACAAAUCCAGCUAGAAAAGAUGAGGCGGUGUUUUAUCAUUGGCGAAGAGUAGCCGAAGAAGGCAAAGAAUAUCCUUUUGCCCAGUUCAAUAAACGUGUUGAAAUACCCGAAUACACAGAUUCUGAAUACAUACAGCACUUGAAAUCGGAAGAUUGGACGAAAGAAGAAACCGAUCACUUGUUCGACUUAUGCCAACGUUUUGAUUUACGUUUCAUCGUUAUACAUGAUCGAUACGAUGUAGAAAAGUACAAAAAACGAGAUGUCGAAGAUCUCAAAGAUAGAUAUUAUUUUAUUGCAAAUACGUUGAAAAGGAUUAGACAUACGGGUAAUACACCUUUUCAAGAACCUAAAGCUUAUGAUGCUGAUCAUGAAAGACGUAGGAAAGAGCAAUUAAACAGACUAUUUUCACGAACUCAAGAGCAGAUUGAAGAAGAGCAGAUGUUAACUCAAGAAUUACGUAAAAUAGAAGCUCGUAAGAAAGAGCGUGAAAAGAAGGCUCAAGAUUUACAAAAAUUGAUCACCGGUAGCGAUAGUCCUGUUGAACCUCGUAAACAAGAGAAGAGGCCAGCUCAACGUAAACGUUUCCAAAACCAAGUUAAAGUCCGAACUGAUCCAAAUAUAAACGAAGUGAUUGGAAUCAAAUUUCCUGAUCAUAAAGCUAGUGGUGCAACGACAAGAACGUCCAGAAUGCGAUUACCUGCUAAUGUUGGUCAAAAGAAAACGAAAGCAAUCGAACAAAAAUUGAAGGAACUUAAUAUUGAACUGAAUCCGAUUCCAACAGAAGAAGUAUGCUCGUUGUUCAAUGAGUUGAGAAGUGAUAUCGUAAUAUUGAAUGAAAUUAAAAAUGCUUUGUCUACAUGUAUGUUUGAAAUUCAAACGUUUAAACACCAAUAUGAAGCCUAUAAACCAGAACAAACUUUGGAGAUACCAGAAAUUAUUUUGAAACAAGAUGAUAGUUCAAUGGAAGUUGAUAAAAAUUGAUUUUUUUCAUCCCAUGUUAUAAUCUGUGAAUGUGCUGAAUGUAUGUAUCGUAAAAAAUAAAUAUGAAUAAGGAAAAUAAAAA